AUGGCCCAGAGCGUGAUCUAUGCCGACCUCAAGUUCGCCGCGGGCCCCCCACCCACCGUCCCCGACGACGAUGACAGCCCCUACGAGAACGUGCCGCUGGGGCCGGUGACAGCAGCGCCCAGCCCAGGGCGCUGGACCCGGCGAUGGCGCGGCCCCGCAGCGCUGCUGGCAGCCAGCCUGCUCCUGCUGCUGCUGCUGGUGGCCGUCGUGGCCCUGGGCGCUUGCUACUGGCAGGUUUCCCGCAGCCUGCAGGACACCUCCCGUGAGCACAGGACCGAGCAGGGCCGCCUGUCACAGGCACUGAGGGCACGGGAGCAGGACCUGGAGCAGACGCAGCUGGAGCUGGCAUGGGCCAGAGAAGAGCUGCAGCGAGUGUGGCAUGAGUACAACAUCACCCAGCUGGAGCUGCAAAGAAGGAAUGCUGAGCUGGGGCAUACCCAGCAGGAACUGGCUGUGUUGCAGGAGGAGAUGCAGGUGGUGCAGGGGAGGCUCAACGCCAGCGAGAGCACUGUGAGCAGCCUGCGUGCCUGCGUGAACACAGAUUGCUGCCCCACGGGCUGGGUACUCUACAAGAGCAGGUGUCUCUACAUCUCAGUGGCAAACAAGACUUGGAAGCAGAGCCAGGAAGACUGCAGAGAUCAAUCUGCUCAACUGCUGGUCCAAGACAAGUGGCCACCAUCGAUAAUGCCGCAUUUUGUGCACGAGUCUAAGGCAAAGUACUGGAUUGGACCAAGACCUUUUUAUGGGACCAGGAGAUCCCUCUUUCCUAGGAGACACCAUAAUUCAGAGUGCUGGUCAGUAGUUAAUUGGGAAAUGUGGAAUUUUCCUUGUGACCAUACCUUCCAGUGGAUCUGCGAGAAAUCCCCAGAGCUGAGCAGUGCAUCUGAGACUCAACCUCCUUUUCUGGCAGAGGACUAACUGCUGCCACGCCCCUCCAUCACUGGACGCAGGAGCAGGACCUGUCCUGAGACAUGAGAUACUGUCAUCUGAGCACAUUUUGUGUCAAUUGCGUUGC